AUGAUCUCCCAUGACUCUGUGACCUAUCGCCUAGUCCUGAUUGGGACACACUGGAGAGUCGUGCAAGUCGUCGGAAUUUCCAGACUUUUACCUCUGAGCGACUCUCUCCAACAACGGCAAAGAAUCCCGAGAUCCACGGUGGCCAUCCUUGUUAGUCCAACGCUUCUUCCACACCUUCAUCUUCAUACCGCUUGCCAACUCUACGACUCCACGCCAAGCGCAUCCCUGGAUGGCCAGAAACGUUGCAACGUGACGGCACCCUGCGUCUCUGCCACUCUUGGUUUCUUCCGGCGGCAAAGCUUAAACCCUUUUCCCCUGGUCACAUCCGUACCUCGAACGCCUCUGGCCCCGCCGCCUUCACCAUGGGAUUUGCAAACUAUUUUUGAUUAUUUCCUCUUUUGGCACUUGGCUGCCACCCAGAGCUCGACGCCCCUUGCCAACGCCAACCGACGCCAUUCCCGCUCAAUGCAGGACGUCUCCAUCCCCGCGGACCUCCCCUCACCGUCCACUGCGUCCCGGCCUUCUCCCGAGAUUCUUGGCUUCGGGGCCUUCGAUUCGCCCAGAACGAACAGGUCUGACAUCAAUCUUGGCCACGAGCUGCUGGCUUACCCAUGCUUCCCAAGCAACCCCGCGGGAUCUGGAUGGUCCCUACGUGUUCCAGCAUGCCACGGCAGCUGCCAGUUUCAAGCUCAGACCAUCAGGCAUACACGACGCUCUUCCAAAUGGAACGCCGUCUGCGGGGAGCCCGUGAGCAUUACCAAGUUCAGCAUCAGGCGUCCGCGAUAUCAAAGUUGCCAGCAAGCCGCGGACCAUGUGGAACCAACGAAAUGGAAUCGCGAAAUGUGUCCGAUUGCUUUCAGCCUGGAUCGCAUGCUACUGUCCCAGCCAAGCCAAGCCAGCCAGAUCCCGCCGCCACAAACACGGCAUCUACACUAUCAAGUCGGGUAUUCACAGAUCGUAAACCGAGCGAAAUCCAAGUCCGGAGGACGUGUUCAGUCCAGCCCCAUGCACCGAGUCUAUCGUGAUCCAUAUCCAAUCCUGGUGAGAGGCGACCCCUCUCGUGUGUCUCGCCAGCAGGACUUAUCGUAA